AGUAUUGAUGAGGCACUGGGAAUUCUUACGCAGAACUGAAAUUCCUUAGAAUGAGUUUGACCAUCAGAAGCCCUUGCCAGUAUGUCUUCAGCCAAUAGCUCAUGUAUUCACCCCUCAUCCUUCCUGCUGUUGGGAAUCCCAGGACUGGAAAAUAUACAUUUCUGGCUUGGCUUCCCAUUUGGUAUAGUGUAUCUGGUUGCCCUCCUAGGGAAUGCCAUCAUCCUAUCUGUGAUCCAGAUAGAGUGCAGCCUUCACCAGCCCAUGUUCUACUUGUUGGCCAUGUUGGCUCUGACUGAUUUGGGCCUGUCCACUGCCAGCAUUCCUAAAACGCUGGGCAUAUUCUGGUUUGGCUUCAACGAGAUUGCCUUUGGGGACUGUUUAGUGCAAAUGUUCUUCAUACACCUUUUCACAGGCAUUGAAACAUUCAUGCUUGUAGCCAUGUCUUUUGAUCGCUACGUUGCCAUUUGCCACCCUCUUCGAUACAACACGAUCCUCACCAACAGAGUAAUUUGUAUUAUUGCUGGAGUAGGAAUAAUGAAAAAUUUGGUUUUGGUUUUCCCACUUAUAUUUCUCCUUCUAAGGCUUUCAUUCUGUGGACAUAAUAUUAUACCCCACACCUACUGUGAGCACAUGGGCAUUGCCCGCCUGGCCUGUGUCAGCAUAAAGGUCAAUAUGUUAUUUGGAUUGAUCCUUAUCUCUAUGAUACUUUUGGAUGUAAUUUUGCUUGCUCUCUCCUAUGUGAAGAUUCUCCAUGCUGUCUUUAAACUUCCAUCCUGGGAGGCCAGGUUCAAAGCUCUCAAUACCUGUGGCUCCCAUGUGUGUGUCAUAUUAGUUUUCUUCACUCCAGCCUUUUUCUCCUUUAUGACUCAUCGAUUUGGUCACAAUAUUCCACGUUCUACCCAUAUCCUCCUGGCUAAUUUAUAUGUGAUUAUCCCGCCUGCUCUUAACCCCCUUAUUUAUGGAAUAAGAACCAAGCAGAUCCGAGAUCGAAUAGCAAUGAUCUUUUUUUUAAGGAAAUUUGACUGAACACUUGAUCUGAUAAUAGCCUUCAAAUCUUUCCUUUGCAUUUUUUAAAAAAAGGUAAAUUUAAUUGUCAUCAGGUUCCAACGCAGAAAAUGCUUUACACAGUUUGGUGUUAAACAGAAAAUACUUUCUUACAUGCAGUAUCAAAUUGGAGAUAAAUUGUCCCUAGACUAAAUGAAAAAUGCAUUGUUACAUAAAUAGGUGCCAUUUAUUUUUGUAUUGAAUAUAAAAAUUAUAUUACAGGGAUAAAGUUUUAAUGCAAUUUGAGGCUUGGUGGCUCACACCUGUAAAAAGCUCCUUAGUGGCUCUUUAUAAUUUCCCCCUCCCCAUCCCCUGUCCACAGGCAACCAUUGACCUUCUUUCUAACUGUUAGAUUAAUUAGUUUGCCUUUUCUAGAAUUUUAUGUAAAUUAAAUACAUAUUUUUUUUCUGGCUUCUUUGGCACAUUGUUAUUAUUUUCAGAUGCAAUUUUUUAGCAUAGGAAAUGCAUAAGCCAGUAACAAUUAUUUAUUAUCAUUAUCAAGUAUUAUAUACUGUGCAUAAUUGUGUGUGCUAGAUUUUUAUACUAGACUGGCAAUGCAGUAAGUUUGUUUACACCAGCAUCACCACAAACACAUGUAAUGUGUUGUGCUACAUUACAAUUACUACAAUGCCACUAGGAGAUAGAAAUUUUUUUUACCUCCAUUUUUGUUAUUGUGUACAUUAAUACUUAAUUUUAUUUUGUUGCCAACCCCUAUGCAAUUGUGUGAUUAUGCCACAAUUUGCUUAACCAUUCACUCAUUGAUAAACGUUAAGUUUGGGGUAUUAUAAAGUUUCUAUGAAUCUCCAUAUAUAAAUCCUUGAUGAAUACCUGUUUUAAAAAUUUCUUUUGCACAAAUACCUAGAAUUCUAUUGGUUGAGUCAUAUGGUAUAUGCAUGUGUGUUUGUGUGUGUGUGUGUAUGUGUGUGUGUGUGUGUAACAUUUUUAAAAUGAGACUGUUUCCCAAAGUUUUUAUUCCAUUUUGCAUUUCCACUAGCAGCAUAUGAAAAUUUCAGUUGCUUUAUAUUUUUUUUAACAUUUGCUAUGGCUCACCUUUUUAAUUUUAAUAGAGUGUAAUGAUGCCUUGUGGUUUCCAUUUGCAUUGUUUUAGUAACUAGUAAUGUUGAGCACCUUUUCAUGUGCAUCCUGGCCAUUCAUACAUCUUUAUGAAACAUGUAUGCAAGUUUUAUCUUCAUUUUUCAAAUUCGGAUGUUUGUCUAUUUAUUACUCACUUGAAAACGUUUUUUGUGUAGUUUGGCUGUAACUCUAUUGUCUGAUAUAUGUACUUCAAAUAUUUCCUCCUAGUUUAAGGCUUGCAAUUUUAAUUUUCUUAGUAGUUCAUUUUGAAAGGUAACAUUUUAAAAUUCUUUGAUAAAUCUCCAUAUGAUUUUUCCAUAGAGGUAUUACUAAUUUACAUUUCUACCAAUAGUGUUUAAGCAUUCCCUUUUCUCUGCAUUCUUGGUGACAUUUUUUUUUUUAAUCUUCCUAGUAAUAGUCAUUCUGACUGCUCUAAGAUGAUAUCUCAUUUUUGGUUCCUAAAUUGCAUUUCUCUAAUGAUUCAUGACAUUCAAUUUUUUUCGUAUGCCUUUUGCUCAUUUCUUUUGAAAAAUGACUAUUCAUGUUCUCAGUUAUAAAUGGGAGCUAAACAGUAUAUACACAUCUUAGAGUUGGAAUGAUAAAUAAUGGAAACUCGGAAGAGUGGGGAGGUGGAAGAUGAGAAUCACUUAAUGGAUACAAUGUCUCAUUAGUCCUAUUGCUGCUACAAUCAUUCUUGGCAGCAUAGAACACCUCUGCUAUCAUCAGUUGUUAGGAUGAUGGAUAUCUUAAAAUUCCUGACUCUACAACUAGGCAAUUUAUCCAUGUAACAAAGUUACACUUGUACCCUAUAAAUUUAUACAAAUAUAAAAUUUUAAAAAAUUUUUUGAAGAAAGGAAAAGCAAGAUUUAAAAAAUUUGUUGGUGAAAUCCAUAUAGUGAGAGUAGAGGUUUAUGGAGGACAGGUGAUCAGUGGACUUUUAGUUCAAGUUUGCCUCACAGUGGGCCACCAGGUUCCUGAACUAAUCCAGUGGUUAUUUUUCCAGUUCUGGAAUGCAUAAAUGUAAAAGACAUAUUUAGCAACUAGAAGAAUUCCCUCCUGCUUGAGAAAGGCCUUCAACAUUUUUUCUAUUCAGGCCUUCAACUGAUUUGGUGAGGCCCACUCACAUUAUAGAGGACCUAAGUUUUGUUAUGCAACUAGUAAACUUUAAAAGACCCUAGACACUCAGUAAAUUGAUGAUUUGUGUUAGCUGAGAAAAAGGCAUAUUUGCACAUUUUUUGGUGGCUCACAACAAAGAUAAAGCUCACUCUGUGCAACUGAGAAUGUAUCCCAGGAGUCAUACCUGCAAGUUUUUUAUUUGUCCAUGUUUACAUGCUGUAUCUGUUUCUUUCUUCUAUUGUAUCUUGCCCUGACAUUAUUGAAGUCCUAAGGUCCUUUCAGAUAGUUAAUUCUAUGUAACCUGCAUCUACUAUUUCAAAAUAUAUAUAAAUGAAGUAUAAAGUGAGGUCCAUGGUGUUUCAUUGGUUAUUUUCUUCCCUGCGAUUACAUGAUUAUGGAAGCUAAUUCUGCCAUGGAUGAAAUAAGAAUUGUGUCUGAUAUCCUUGAUCAGGGCUCCUGUAAUCCACAUCCUGAAGUGUUAACUCAUCAGUCCCAUUGCGGCUAUGAUAGUUCUUGGCAGCAUAGAACCACUCUGGUAUAAUCAAUGAAUUAUUUAUUAAAUACUAUAUAUUAGUA